CUUUCCUGGAAAAUAUGCACUGUAGCGAUCGAGGCGAAGUCCCCGUGUCUGAAGCUUCACUUCAUUUCAAAACAACCCCCUUGUGCUGCGAAGUGGUCUACCCAAAGUUUCUCCUUCUUUCAUCUAGCAUCUACGAUCAUAGUCGCCCUGGGCCAUGGCUCCAUCUGUCCAUAAGAAAAUCAAAGUCAGCGCAAAAGAGGCAAAAUCUGUCAAGGUCUUGGGCCACAAGACACUUCAGGUGAAAGAAGCUGCGAAACCUACCUCAAAACCAGCUCCUGCCACCGUUUCAGCGAAAGGCAAGGAGCGCGCUUCGACUCAAGCACCCCUCCUGAAGGCUUAUAAGGCGAAAAGCGCUGUGCGCUCAGAGGCAGGGCCUUCUUCAGGAUCACUGCCGAGGACCUUCAAGGUUGUUGUCGGCUCGUACGAAAAACUUCUGUACGGAUUGGAAGGGUCGACAUCUGCCGAGGGCUCUAGCUUCCAACUGAAACCCAUCUUCAUUUUCCCGGCACACAUUUCCUCCGUUCGCGCAGUAGCUGCUUCACCGCAGGGAGGAAAAUGGCUGGCGACAGGCAGCGGGGACGAGAUCGUCAAGGUCUGGGACUUGCGGAGACAGAAGGAGGUCGGCGGGCUCAUGCACCAUGAGGGGUCAAUCACGCAUCUGGAAUUCCCUUCUCGGUCACAUCUACUAUCCGCCUCGGAAGACGGCACGCUAUGUCUCUUCCAUGCACGCGACUGGGGUGUUCUACGGUCACUGAAAGGUCACAAGGGGCGUGUCAACUCUGUCGCCGUUCACCCCUCAGGCAAGGUGGCUUUGAGCGUCGGAAAAGAUAGAACACUGCGCAUGUGGGACCUCAUGCGAGGAAAGGGCUCGGCGAGUACGAAGCUCGGGAAAGAAGGAGAAGUCGUUCGGUGGUCAACUGACGGCUCACAGUUUGUUGUACUCUCGCAAUCGACGAUCGACAUCUACACGACCGACAUGAAGCUGCGACACAUCAUCCAUCAUCCUUCGCGACUGCACGAUGUCAAAUUCUGUAAGCGAGUGAACGGCGAGGGCGAAGUUCUGCUUGUCGCGGCAGAAGAUAAAAAGGUCUCGAUAUACGAUCUUCCGUCCGACCCAGAGACAACACCGUCAAUUAUCGCCGAAAUGAUCGGACAUAGUAAUCGCGUAAAAGCAGUUGAAACCCUAAAGAUUGCCCUGCCCUCGCCCGGCAAGCCGUCUACCACAAUUGCUAGUACCAUAUCAUCCGACGGAAAGGUCUACAUCUACGACCUGUCCGCUCUCCCAGCCACUAUGGAAGAGAAGCUCCAACUAUCUCCGGUUGCGGAAUACGACACGAAGGGCACUCGCUUGACAUGCCUAGCACUCGCGGAUGGCGAAGUUUUGGAUGGUGCGGCCGUGAACGGCAAGCGCAAACGGAAUAAGGAGCACGAUGCCGAUGAAAGCGAGGCCGAUGAUGAGGAAUGGGAUGCGCAACAGCAGGACGGCGCCGCCUUCGAGGACGAGCAAGAGAUCGAGGGCGAGUACGAGGGCGAGAGUGCUAGUGGUAGCGAUGAAGAGUAGAUGUGCACACUACUGAUACAAU